AUGAGCGGUCCCCCUCCGCCGCCUCCGCCUCAUGGCGGAGUGCCAAAGGGUUCUGGUUUGCCUCCAGGCAAAUAUGACAUUUUUGUCAUCCCUGAGCACUCUUCUGGAGGUGGUUUCUUGUACCUGCCGUCUAUGCAACCGAAUGUGAACAGUUUCGCUGCCGGAUUCGCUUCAGCCCUGAUACUCGUCGUUAUUGGUCAAACAUUGGCUCCUUUUUUUCGAACUUUGAUGGCAGGUUCUGAUGGAUUGAAUGGCGCGGCAUUGGCAAUGCUUGUUAUUGGUGUCGGCGCUGGAGCAUGGGCAUUGGGUCGUUUCCAGACUCAGGGUGGCGGUUUUCCUAAUGGUCCUGGAAAUAGUGGCCCUGGUAAUGGUCGUGGUGGUCAAGGAGGAUGGCAUUCAAACUCUUGGUCAAACGCUGGAGCACCACCAACUCCACCACCUCACGGCACUCCUCCCCCGCCGCCUCCUCAUCAUGAUACUCCUCCCAGGCCGCCUCCUCAUGGCAAUGGCCCCAGGACAUCGUGGCAAAGUGCUCCCCAGACAGAUGAAGCUCCGCCGCCGCCGCCUCCCCAUUCAGCGCGUCAAUCACCUCGAAACGAUUCCGAGCCACGUUCACGACCGUCUCCAGACGCUCGGCCUCCACCUCCGCACACGCCUCCCGAAACUCCACCGAAGCCCUCCAAAUCGAAAUCCAAGUCCAAGCCUAAGCCGAGAGAUCCUUCACCUCCACCGAAGUCACGGCCCGGAACUCCGCCUCCCUCGAAGCCCAAGUCAAAACCAGCACCUGACCCAGAAAAGAUCGCAAGAGCCGAAGCUGCAAAAGCCGAAGCUGCCAAAGCUGAGGCCGCUAAAGCUGAGGCUGCAAGGAUAGAAGCUGAGGAGGCCGAAGCUGCAAGGAGACAUGCUCGAAAGAUUGAGGCUCGAAAGGCUGAAGCCGCAAGGAAAGAAGCCGAGAGGAUUGAAGCAGAAAAGGCCGAGGCAGUUAGGAAAGAGGCUCAAAGAAUCGAGGCUGAAAAGGCUGAAGCCGCAAGAAUCGAAGCUGAAAAGGUCGAAGCGGCGAGGAGAGAAGCUGAAAAGAUCGAACUCGCAAGGAUAGAAGCGGAAAAGGCCGAAGCUGCAAGAAUUGAGGCUGAAAGAGCAGAGGCCGCCAGAAUUGAAGCGGAAAGGUUGGAGGCUGCCAAGGCCGAGGCUGCCAGGAAAAAGAAUUCUUGGGAAAAGGCCCGUGAAGAGAUGAGAAGAAAGGAGGAGGAACGCAAAACCAAGGAGGCCGAACAGAAGCGACGCGAGGAAGCCGCAAAACGACUUGCGGAACUAAGGGCCAAGGACGCCAAGGAACGGGAAGAAAGAGAAAAGAAACGCCAGCGCAAAGAGCAGGAAGCUCAAGAACGAAAAGAACUCCUCGAGGCCUCGCAACGUGCCAAGGAAUUGGCGAUCAAGUUGGAGGAAGAGCGCAAAGAAAGAGAGCGCCUAGAGAAGGAGGCCAAAGAAAUUCGCGAGCGAGAAGCCCAACGGGAGAAGGAGGCCCGCGAACUCGCAGAGAAAAAGAAGAAGGAAGCCGAGGAGCGUGAAGCCAGAAGAAAGAAGUUUGCUGCUGAACGAGAGGCUCUGAGAAAGAAGGAGGCCGAUGAGGCCAAACAACGAGAGGAAACCCAAAAACGAAAGGAGGCUGAGAAAGCUGAGAAGGAAAAGGCAGAAAAAGAGAGGAUCGAGAGAGAAAAGGCCGAAGCUGAAAAGGCUGAGAGAGAACGUGCUGCACAAGAAACCGCCUCUCGUCAACCUAGCAGUUAUGCCUACUCGGGAGUUGGUGAGAAGAUCAGCAUGUGGCCCAACGGUCGCCCGCCAGCUCCCAAGUCUACCACCUCAUCUUCAACUGCCCACCAGCCUGCUCCCAGCACAGCUUCCUCUCAAAGAAAGCCUGCUCCCUCCGCCACCAGGUCCAACGUUUCUGGAGUCAGCACCGAGAACUCGUAUCGACCUUAUGACAAACCCAGACAACCAAGAGAGAGGACUUCGAUGUCUUCUCUCGGCUCCGAAUCGUCUUGGGCGGCUUCUCAGACUACUGGUCGAACAACGCCCCCUCCUUCGAAUCGCACGGGUCCAUACUCUACCAAGGAUCCUGACAAGAUUGUCAUCUCGGGUGUCUACCUGUUCAUGAACCAAUUCUCCAAGACACCUGCCAGUCAGCUUAUCUCUGGGGUUGGAACUGUGACUGACGGACUCAUACUCCGUAUUACUACUGAAGGUCUUUUUAUCGAUGAUGAUGUCCGAAAUGUACCUCAACGAGAAUGGGAUGUUAAGGCUUGGACCCUAAAACAAGUCGAGGUAUGGUGCCCCCCGCAAUGCUUGAAAUCGUCUGCUUCUUCCCCUGCGAAUCCGAACCCUUUGCUUGAAAUGGCCUCUUCUCGGGCAUGCGACGCGUUCAAACCUCUGGUAGGCGACGAAGCCGAAGUAUACUUGACCGAGAUGCUGCGCGCAUGCAAAACUUGUUGUCGAAUUGGUUUAUGCGAUAGGAAAUUUCGAGACGCUAACAUUAUUUCUUCAAAUGGACAGACUGGAGAAUGGAAAUCGAAGGGCUUGCAUAUUGUGCGCGCCACAGUUCGAGAUCAAGAAGGAAAACGAUACUUAUUUGUCAUUGAUGAGUCGGAAGCCUGGAAGGUAUCAGUCGGACUUCAACGACUCCGCCGCGGUACCCAAGUUCGACAGCUUGCUGUCAGCGGUAUGGCCGCCGCAGAUGCCCGAGGCACCCUUGAGAUGCUUGGAUGGGCGUGA